AUGACCGUGAGAGAAGCCACUCAUGCCGGCUCGUGGUACUCUGGCAAUGGGCGACAACUGGCAACCCAACUCGACCAGUGGCUAUCUCAGGUGCCCGAGACAGGCAUUCUUCCUGGCGUCGACAGUCUGCCAUUGUCUGGAGCCAGAGUAGUUAUAUCUCCUCACGCAGGCUAUGCCUACUCUGGUCCUUGUGCAGCAUGGGCCUACAAAUGCCUCGACCUCUCCAAGGCAAAGCGUAUCUUCAUCCUCCACCCGUCUCAUCACCACCACUUGAGCACGGCUGCGCUCCCUGUUGUGGACGCCUACGAGACUCCCCUCUCCACCACGCCUCUACCCCUCGAUCAUGAGACUAUCCAAGAACUAUCCACCCUCUCCACGGUCGUCCAAGGUCGCACUGUCAAGUUCACCACCAUGUCUCAGCCCGUGGACGAAGCCGAGCACAGCGCCGAAAUGCAACUACCAUACAUCCACCGACUCCUCCAAAAGUUAUACCCUGACAAGCCCGAGUCGUCAUACCCUCCUCUAGUGCCCAUCAUGGUCGGCGGUACGAACCCUGCAACGGAGGCUGCAUUGGGGAAGAUGUUGGCUCCGUACAUCUCGGAUGAAAGCAAUGCAUUCGUCAUCUCCUCGGACUUCUGCCAUUGGGGGAGUCGAUUUGGUUACACCUAUUACCUCCCUGACGCACCCAGCCCGGCCUUGUCGCCGCUGACGCUCCCCAAUGGGGCACGAGGGGAAUUUACCACGGCGAAGGAGUCGGUCAACGAAGACGUUCACAAGAUGCCCACACUGGGGCUGGGUCAACAUCUCGGCUCCAGGACUCAGGUUCCAAAAGGUGGACCACAAAUAUUUGAGAGCAUCGCACACGCUGACAGAGCUUGUAUGUGUGCCAUCGCCACGGGACAACAUUCAGAAUUCCUUCGUGUGCUCAAGGAAACCGGGAACACCGUGUGUGGGCGACACCCCAUCGGUGUAUUCAUGGCUGGCCUUGAAGAGGUGGAGCGACUGGAGCGGGAAAAAGGUGGUGAACCGGACCAUCACAGACGAUUCAGGUUCAUGCGGUACGAACGCAGCAGUGAUGCCGAGACUGUGAGGGACAGCAGCGUCAGCUACGUGAGUGCUUUUGCCGUCCUCUGA